AUGGUAACGGUAACGAUGAUAGUAACAGUGACGAUAACGGUAAAAGUAUCAGUAAUGGUUAAGAUGACAGUAACGGUAACAGUAAAAAUAACAGUGAUAGUGACUGUAAUGGUAGAGGUAAAGGUGACAAUGACAGUGAUGGCAACGAUAACGAUAACGGUGACGGUAGCAGUAUUAUGGAUGGUAAUAGUGACGGUGACGAUAAUUAACGGUGAUGGUGACAUUAACGAUAAUGGUGACGCUGACGGUAAUGGUAACGGUGACGAUAACUGUAACAGUGAGGGUAACGGUGACAUUGAGGGUAAUGGUAACACUAAUGGUAACGAUAACGAAGAUGGUAACAAUACCAAAAAUAGUAACGAUGAUGGUAAUAGUGACCGUAAGGGUAACGGUAACGAUGACUAUAAUAGUGACGUAUCGGUAAUGGUGGAAGUGAUGGUAACAAUGACGGUGAUGGUUAAGGAUAAUGGUAACGGUAAUGGUAAUAGUAAUGGUAAUGGUAACAGUAACGAUGACGGUAGCAGUAAUGGUAACAAUGACAAUAACAAUGACAGUAACAGUGACGAUAAUGGUAACGGUAAUGGUGACGGUAAAAGUGAGAGUAACAAUAAUGGUAACGAUAACGCUGAUGGUAAGCGUGAUGGUAACAAUAAAGGUGACGGUAACAGUAAAAAUGACGGUAAUCGUAACGAUAAAGUGAUUAUAAAAAUAACGGAAAAGAGUAACGGUAACGGUGACAGUAAUGGUACCGGUAACGAUGACGAUAAUAGUGAUGGUAACGAUGACGAUAACGGUGAUAGUAACAGUGAUGGUAAAGGUGAUGGUAUCGGUAAUGGUGAAAGUGAUGGUAACGGUGACAGAUACAGUAACGACGACAAUAACGAUAACAGUAACGGUACCACUAAUAGUGACGGUGAUGGUAACAGUAUCGGUAAUGGUGAUGAUAACAGUAUCGUGGCGAUGACGGUCACGAUAAUGGUGACUGUAACGGUGAUGAGUAAUGGUAACGGUGACAGUAACAAUAACGAUAAUGGUAACGUUGAGAGUAAUGGUAACGAUGACGGUAACGGUGAUAGUAACAUUGAUGAUAACGGUGACGGUAUCGGUAAUGAUGAAAGUGAUGUAACAGGAACGGUAACGGGAACGAUAACGGUGACGGUAAUGGUGACAAUGAGGGUAACACUGAUGGGUAAUGGUAAUGGUGACGAUGACGGUAACGAUGAUGAUGACGAUGACGAUAACGGUAACAAAGAUGGUAAUGGUGACCGUAACACUCCUAGAAACAAUAACGAUGAUGGUAAUAGUGACUGUAACGAUAACGAUGAUGGUAAUGAUGAAAGUAACAGUGACAGUAACGGUAAUGGUAAUGAUAACGAUGACGGUAAUGAUGAAAGUAACAGUGAUGAUAAAGGUGACGGUAUCGGUAACGAUGGAAGUGAUAGUAACGAUGAUGGUGAUGGUUAUGCAAACGAUAAUAGUAACAGUGAAGGUGACGGUAACGGUGACGAUAAUAGUAUCAAUAAUGGUAACGGUAACGGUGGCGAUAACGAUGAUAGUAACAGUGACGAUAAAGGUGACGAUAACAGUGAUAGUAACUAUGACGGUAACGAUAUCACAGAUGGUAACGGUAAUGCUGACGGUAACAGUAACAGUAACGAUGAUGGUAACCGUAACGAUGACCGGAACAGUGACGAUAAUGAUGAUAGUGACCAUAACAUUAAAAUUAAGGGUGACGGUGAUGGUAACGGUAACAGUGAGAGUAACGGUAUCAUGGACGGUAAUGGUCAUGGUAACAGUAACGGUGACAGUAACGGUAACGGUAACAGUAACAGUAACAGUGACGAUAAAGGUGACAGUCACAGUAAUGGUGAUGGUCAUGCUAACGGUAACGGUGAUGGUAACGGUGUCGUUGAUGGUAAGAGUGAUGGUAACGGUGAUAGUAACGAUAAUAGUGAUAGAAAUAGUAACGGUGACAAUAAUGGUGAUGAUAAAAAUACCAUUAACGGUAACGGUAAUGAUAACGGUAACGAUAACAGUGGCGAUAACGCUGUCGGUGAUGGUAACAGUGAUGGUGAAGGUAACGGUAAUAGUAGGGUGACAAUAACGCUUUAUGGUAAUGGUAACGAUGACGGUCAUCGUAACGGUGACAGUCAUCGUAACUGUGACGGUAACGGUAACAUUGACGAUAACACUGAUAGUAACACUUACGGUAAUGGUAACGGUGACAUUAACUAUGAUGGUAACCGUAACGAUAACGAUAAUGGUGAUGAUAACGAUGACGGUAACGGUAAUGGUGAUAGAAACGGUAGCGGGGAUGAUAAUGGUAACGGUAACGGUAACGGUGAUGGUAACAAUAAUAGAAAUAGUAAUGGUGAUGGUAACGCUGAUGGUAACGAUAACGAUAACAGUAAUGGUGACAGUAACAUUCACGACAUCGGUAACUGUGACAGUAAUGGUGAAAAUGAUGGUCACGGUGACGGAGACAGCAACAGUAACAAUAAGGAUAACAGUAACGGUAACUAA